UAGUCCCCAGUGUGCGCCAUCACACUGAAAUGCACACAUGUAGUGAACAUUCUCUCUUUUUACCAGCAGCCAUUCAUGUUGUUGGACUACUGCUGUCGUUGCUGUGGAUUCACGCUGAUCAAACGUCAUGGACCCCUUUCUCUCAAGACCACACCCAGUGAUACAUGGGUCGUCCUGCAGAAUCUGUUGAUGUGCAUGGUCUGCUUCUACUCUCUCUACUACAUGGUCGUCAGUCUUUGCAUUGGACUGCUCAGGGUUCAUGAAAUCAACAGCUUGUUGGCUCCCUUUGACUACACAACACAGCCAUCAUGGCAGAAUCCAAAAUAUCUGGUCGGUGUCAUUUCAACAGAGGUCACCUAUCUUCUGGGAGGGCUGGUCUUCGCCUGGAUUGUGGAGGAGUGGGUUUGGGACUAUGCCAUCACGGUCACACUGCUGCAUGUCGCCAUGACAGUAGCAGUAAUGUCAGAUUUCCCUUCAGCUGAGCACUGGUGGAUCGCCCUCGGUUCAGGCCUGGUGAUGAUGAUAUUUGCUGGUCAACUUCUGGCUUAUAGACUCUUCAGAAACAACUUUGUGUAUCCUGAGGAGCUACAGAACUUCUGAUGGACAACUUUGAACACAACUUUUGUGUACACAGCCUCGUGUUAAUAUAUACAGUUCAACUUGGUACAACUUUUUCUAACACUCUGUACAGUAUAAAUAUUGUUUUGUAUUCUCUGUUUACUAAAAUUACAUUGCAAAAAGUUGUAUAGAUAGAUUUGUUAAUUAGUGCACUCAUGAAAGCAAAUACAGAAUAAAAACGUUUAAUUUUGAGCCAAUGUAGGGAAGUUGUAUUUAUGUGAUGUGAUUUUUUUUUCGUCACAUAUGAUCUAGGUACAUUAAAUACCUCAU